CAGAGAAGGGGGGAUUUUGAGUUUUGGUAGCAAUGGGGAGCAAGAAGAGGAAGAGAGGAGAGAGAGCCACUACCCAUCCUCGUAACAAGUACUCUGAUAACCCGCCAGAUUUCUCCUUAUUGGCCUCUAAAUACUCUACCUUUGCACCUUACGUUUUCUAUUCUGGAGAUGGUCGACCAAGAAUUGAUUGGACCGAUUUCAAUGCCACACGUGAACUCACCAGAGUCUUGCUCCACCAUGAUCAUGGCCUCAAUUGGUGGAUUCCCAAUGGACAGCUCUGCCCCACAGUCCCCAACAGAUCAAAUUAUAUUCAUUGGAUUGAAGAUCUUUUGUCAUCGGACAUCAUUCCUAAAGUUCAAGCUGACAGAGACACUGCUAAAGGUUUUGAUAUAGGAACUGGGACCAAUUGCAUUUACCCUCUUCUUGGUGCAUCUCUUCUGGGUUGGAAGUUUGUUGGCUCUGAUUUUACUGAUGUAGCUUUGGAGUGGGCAGAGAAAAAUGUCAAAAGCAAUCCUCAUAUUUCUGAAUUAAUUGAGAUCAGAAGAGUUAACCUGGAAAACCCAGCAUCUUCCAGUGAGGAGUUGAAUGAUGAACCAGGAGAAUAUGGCCAAUGUACAGACGCAGACUUUGACAAUGGGAAGGCUGUUGUCAUUGGGCCUUCACCUCCUGCUCAUCUCCAAAUGCACUCAGGUAUAGGGAAAGGUUAUGGUGGACCACCUAUACUUGUUGGUGUAGUCAAGGAUGGGGAGAAAUUUGACUUUUGUAUGUGCAACCCUCCAUUUUUUGAGACGAUAGAGGAAGCUGGAUUAAAUCCAAAGACUUCUUGUGGUGGGACUGUGCAGGAGAUGGUUUGUCCCGGGGGAGAGAGUGCUUUUAUCACUCGCAUUAUUGAGGAUAGUGUUCAACUAAGGCAAUCAUUUCGGUGGUACACCUCAAUGGUUGGAAGAAAAACUAACCUAAAGGUACUGAUAUCAAAGCUUUGGGAGGUUGGAGCAACAAUAGUAAAGACAACUGAAUUUGUGCAAGGCCAAACAUGCCGAUGGGGCAUUGCCUGGUCAUUUCUCCCUGCUUCCAAGAAGAUUGUACCAUCUCAAGUGGCUGAAAAGAAUAACAUGUCAUUCAUGCUUGAGGGUCUGCAGCGCCAUCAGAGUGCCUUCGAUGUAUUGCAAUCAGUGGAAUCCUACUUCCGCAAUAUGGGUGCAUCUUCUAAAUUAGACUCUGCCUCAUUUAAAGUUGAUGUAACUUUGUCAGCUGAGCAAUGUAAUUCUAUCCUGAAGACCCAAACACAGAAUGGGACCGACCAGGAUAUAUUGAAAUCUGCAAAUUGUCCCUCUGACAAACUGAAUGACAUGCGUCUCUGUGUUUCUGUCUUCCAGCAGAUACCAGGGACACUUCUGGUGAAAGGAUUAUUGCUCCAGAAAGAGAUCCCUGUACCAGGAGUAUUUUCUGUUAUAUUCCAGCAAUUACAAGAAGUCCUGAAGAGCAAAUUCAGUAAAGGCAUCAGAUGAUGGCUCCUUCUCUAGGUGCAGAAGAUAUCCUGCGUAUGAUCUGCCAAAUUACUAGUGAGAUGAUAGCAGUGUGACUUGUGUGUAUUCUUUGCCUUUUUAAUAACAAGUUAAACUUAUGUAAGGCUAAACAGUUAGGUUGUGUAGGAAAUGUUGUAUAUCUUUCUUUGCUCUCCUGUUUUAUGAUAGAAUUUCUUGUUGUUGAUUUGGGUCAAAGUCACUUCACUGAUAGUACUACUAUUG